GCCCUGUGGAGCAGCGCCGCGAGGAGGAGCAGAACACCGCUGACCGCUCGCCCGGCCUCGCUUGCCUCCGACGGUGGCGAUGGGUCCGCAGCGGAGCCGAUUCCGCCUGCUCGGGCGCUGCUUCUUCCUCCUGCUCCAAGUGGGCGCUCUUCGAGGGGGUCCAGCCGCAGCGCCCCCCUGCCCUGCGGGCUUCACCUCGGAGCGCUUCAUCUUCGCCGUGUCGGACGGAGACCUGCCUCGGGGCCAAAUGCUGGGCCAAGUUCAGUUUGCAGACUGCUCAGGACAGCAGCUGGCCCAGUUCGGCACGGAGGAUGCCAGCUUCCGGGUGCUGGCCGAUGGGGCGGUCCAGGUGAGGCGCCACACGCGGCUGCAGGGGCCGGAGAGGACCUUCGCCGUGCACGCCUGGGACUCGGCGGGCACCCAGUCCUCCGCCUUGGUGACGGUGCGCAACAGUUGCCCGGCUGGCUCCCAGGAGCCUUCGGAUCUGGCCAGCCAAGGCCAGGUACUACAGUUCCCACUGGCCAAACCGGGCUUGAAGAGGCAGAAGCGGGACUGGGUGAUCCCUCCCAUCCAAGUUCCUGAGAACGAGAGGGGCCCCUUCCCCAAGAACCUUGUUCAGAUCAAAUCCAACAGGGAUAGAACCGCCAAGAUCUUCUACAGCAUCACUGGUCAGGGGGCAGACACCCCUCCAGAAGGCGUCUUCACCAUUGAGAAAGAGACGGGCUGGAUGAAAGUGACCAGGCCACUGGACAGAGAGGAGAAGGACAAGUACCAUCUGCUCUCACAUGCUGUGUCUGAGAAUGGGCAGCCGGUGGAGGAACCGAUGGAGAUCAUCGUCACCGUCACAGACCAGAAUGACAACAAGCCUCAGUUCAUCCAGGAGGUCUUCCGAGGGUCUGUCCAGGAAGGAGCCACACCUGGGGCCUCUGUGAUGCAGGUCACUGCCACGGAUGCCGAUGACGCCAUUGAGAGCUACAACGGAGUCAUUGCCUACUCCAUCCUGAGCCAGAAGCCAGAGGAGCCCCACAAGCAGAUGUUUGCCAUCAACAGAGCCACGGGAGCCAUCAGUGUGAUCGCCAGUGGGCUGGACCGAGAGAGAGUGCGGGAAUACACGCUCCUCCUGCAGGCAGCCGACUUGGACGGCGAAGGGCUCACCAACACGGCCUCCGCUGUGAUCGAAAUUGCAGAUGCAAAUGACAAUGCACCGGAGUUCAGAGAUCAAACGUACGCAGCAGAGGUGCCGGAGAACGAAGUGGGCUGGGAGGUGGCCAGGCUGGCAGUGACGGACAAGGACGAGGUCAACUCUCCUGCGUGGCGUGCUGUGUACACCAUCAUCCAAGGCAACGAGGGAGGCUUCUUCACCGUGACGACGGACCCCGAGAGCAACGACGGCAUCCUGAGAACGGCAAAGGGCUUGGACUUUGAAGCCCGGAAGCAGUUUGUGCUGCAGGUCGCAGUGGUCAACGAGGCCCCCUUUGUGGUGAAGCUCCCGACUGCCACAGCCACUGUGACGGUCAAUGUGCAGGACGUGAACGAGGCGCCCAUCUUUGACCCUGCCGUCCGGAGAGCAGAGGUCUCGGAGGACAUCCCGGUCGGGCAGAAGGUUGCCUCGUAUACGGCCCAGGACCCAGACAAGAUGCAGUCCCAGAAAAUCAAGUACUUCAUGGGGAACGGCCCGGCCAACUGGCUCCACAUCCACCCUGAGAAUGGCAUCAUCACUGCCAAGAGCCCCUUGGACCGGGAGUCCCACUUGGUCAAGAACAACACCUACAUGGCGAUCUUCUUGGCCGUGGACGAUGGAACCCCCCCAGCUACUGGGACGGGCACCCUCCUGCUGACCCUGCUGGAUGUGAACGACGAGGGCCCCGAGCCUGACCAGCGGGAGAUCCUGGUCUGCAACAGCAACCCAGCGCCCCAGUUGCUGCGGAUCAUCGACAGAGACCUGCCCCCCAACACCUCUCCCUUCCGCGCGGAGCUCGUUCACAACUCUGACGAAAACUGGGCCGUGGAGAUGGAUGACCAAGGCGAAACGGCCAUCUUAACGCUGCUGAAGCCCUUGAAGCAAGAGACCUAUGACGUCUACCUCCAGCUCUAUGACAGCCAGGGCAAGGGCCAGCUGACGGUCCUCAAGGCGAAGGUGUGCGUGUGUGACGGGCCUGCGGUCCAGUGCCAAGAGGGGUACAAGGAGGUCGGCGUCCCCGUCAUCCUGGCCAUCCUGGGGGCUAUUUUGGCUCUGCUGAUUCUGCUGCUGCUGCUGCUGCUCUUUGUGCGGAGGAGGAAGGUGGUGAAGGAGCCGUUGCUGCUUCCCGAGGAAGACACGCGGGACAACAUCUUCUACUAUGGGGAAGAGGGAGGGGGCGAGGAAGACCAGGACUAUGACCUCAGCCAGCUGCACAGAGGCCUGGAUGCCCGUCCGGAAGUCGUGCUCCGGAACGACGUGGUGCCCACCAUCCUGCCGGCUCCGCAGUACCGCCCGCGCCCGGCCAACCCCGACGAAAUCGGCAACUUCAUCCACGAGAACUUGAAGGCGGCCGACACGGAUCCCACCGCGCCCCCCUACGACUCGUUGCUGGUGUUCGACUACGAGGGCAGUGGCUCCGAGGCGGCCUCGCUCAGCUCCCUGCACUCCUCCGGCUCCGACCAGGACCAGGACUACGACUACUUGAGCGAGUGGGGCAGCCGUUUCAAGAAGCUGGCGGACAUGUAUGGGGACGGCGUGGAGGACUAAGGCGGCAAGCCUGGCUGGCUUCACCCCUGCAGCGGGCGGGGCGGGGUCUUCCCAAGCAGAGGGGGCCCCUUUCCAGCAAGACCCUUUGCAUCGCUGCUUGUGUGCCCGGCUGAAAGACGGCGGCGACUCCUCCUUGGGUCCCAGGGGGCACAAGCCGUUCCGGGACUGUGAUUCAGGAGCUGACUUGGGAGGAGGCUCCGGUCCUGCAUUUCACAUCUCGCAUCCUGGCUCCAAGGACGUGCCUCUGGGAGGGAGGGUCUUCUCGCCCGACAAGCAACACUGCAGGGCCUUCCGGGGCCUCCAGUGAGAGGCAAGGGCGGAUGUUCUGAGCAGGGGGUGGGAUGGAGGAGUGUAGAAGUGUGUGCUGCAGUGGGUCAGAGCCUACCCAGACUCCUCCUCCUGUCAGGGGGGCCCCCUGCCCCGCUGCCUGCUCAGCCCCACAAGUGCCAGCAGCCAUCCUGCAAACUCCUUGCUGCCUUUUUAUAAGCAUAUCCUAAGUGUUGAUAGAUCUCUUUUAAACUAGAUAUAAAAUAGACUUGGUGAUACGCUUAAAGGUUUGGACAAUCAGGGUGUAAAGUUUUAAUAAAGUUUUUUUUUUUUAA